AUGGCCGCGAGCAUCGUCCAGAGCAUCGAUGCCAUCAUCGUACCACAGCGUCGUCCCAGAAAAACUUUGUUGACAGCCCAGCCACAGCAGACAUGCAAGCUGGCCAACCACACUCGCUCAUGGAAACCCCAGAUCUGCGGAUGCAAAAGUCGAAUGGCAGGGAGAAGCAGCCAAGCCCCAUGGCCAGAUUGCCAGAGGGGCUGGGCCAAUGGCGACGAUAUGCGGGCUGGCGAGGACAGCAAUUGGACGUGUCGAUGCUCUGGCAAUUUCUGGCGCGAGGCCAAUGGAGGAGCGGUGCUGCUGCUGCUUCGGCCGCAGUGGGCAGCGUACCUGCAACUCGUCGUCAGAGUCCAGACGGGGUACUGUUCUGCAGUCAUCCCCAUACUCCAGCGUCCAAGGAGCGUCGAUCGCUGCGGUGCCCGGCUCGGCCGUGUUCACCAAACGUCUGCCUGGCAGCUCGAGGCGCUGAAGCGACAAGUCGCAGUGACUACUCCAGAUUACCCACAAAGACAGCAUCGCCCAAGUCACCGGUACGACAUGUCCCCUGUAACCUGCCGUGGCCACAGCGCCUUCCUUCGCUGUUCCUUCCAGCUCCACCUGCGUGGCUGCCCAGAACAGAAGUCGCGCUCCGCAGUGCGCACGCGCUAA